AUGGGUUACAAACAUGAUCAAACUCUAUUCUCAGAGACUCACCGGCCUCCAUCUGUAAACGAGCAUCUAGAGGAGCAACCACCUCCCUCCCAGCGCCGCCCACCCCCUCCUCUACCACCCCGCGUUACCCCCGACUCACUUCCAGACCACCCCGCAGACGCCCCUCCUCCCUACACUGAGACUGCACCAAUCUAUCACUCCCAACCGUUGACCAGUUCCUGGACCGCACAAGACCCUCGCUCUUCGUCUACCCAAUCGCUCGUACCCCACAACGAUUCUCACACCGAUGGAGAUGGAAAUAGGACAGAUGGAAAAAGAACGCUGUUACUGGUGUACAUACACGGUUUCAUGGGAAACGAAACCAGUUUCCAGAGUUUUCCGGCUCACGUGCAUAACCUGGUUACGGUCAAGCUGGAGGGAAGCCAUGUGGUGCACACAAAGAUUUAUCCAAAGUAUAAGAGUAGGAAGGCGAUUGAAUACGCGAGGGAUGCGUUUGGAGAAUGGCUAAGCCCGCAUGAGGGGCGGGAUACGGAUGUCGUGCUGCUAGGGCAUAGUAUGGGAGGAUUGCUAUCUGCGGAGGUGGCUUUACUGGAAGGACAUCGAGUCUUAGGGACGAUCAAUUUUGAUACUCCGUUUCUGGGAAUGCAUCCGGGUGUCAUAGCUAGUGGGCUUGGAAGUCUGUUCAGACCAGCGCCAGAUUCUCCUGCCCCAAAAUCUGCAGAGACCAGUGCUGGAAGCCAGGACGUCACUCGAACGUCGACCAAUGAAGCCAUACAGUCUUCUGCGUCGUCUUCUUACUUUGGUUCAGAGGCUACUGUAUCUACGUUGAUACCAACGGAGUCAGGUUCCAAUACCUCAAUACCACUAUCCGCUGCUUCUGAUCUGCCGACCAAAGAUCCAAACUUCGACCCUCCUUUUGUCAAUGAUGUGCGGUUACCGCAGCGUACUGGUUGGAGCAAUGCCUGGCAUUUCCUCAACAAACAUUCUGACGAUUUGCGUAAAGCCACACAGUCGUAUGUGAAGUCUCAUCUUGAAUUCGGCGGAGCUAUGGCGGAUUAUAAUGGUUUAAAGAAUCGGUAUGGCAAGAUCAGGGACCUCGAGGAUGUUAAACCACCGCAGAGAACAAGAUUUGUAAAUUACUACACUGCAAGUACGGGGCGGCCGAAGAAGCCAAAGGAGCCAUCGCCUCUUGCAUCUCAGACUCAAACUGGUCAACUGGAUGGAGAAUCAUCACGCAUGGCACUGCAGAUACACGAGACAAGCCUCGACACUCUCGACGGUCAUUCGCCAGACAUGAGUCCUAGGAUUUCCAUCGAGAAACCGAACGACGAAGAAAUAGCCGAAGAAGACACUCAAGACCAUGACAAAGCCUUCCUCACUGCUAGCGAAGGCAUCAGCGACGAUGAAGGCGCAAUGUCUGACGUUAGCCAAGCAAUGGACCACUUGCACCCGGCUCCUGUUACAAGUGAUGAGCGGGAAGAAGAACUCGACGACCAUGAUAAGCUUGCAGCGCUCAAGCCUAGCAAUUCCGAUGCCAACUCACACCCCAGCCCUUCGAAGGCCCCGUACAUCGCAUCGACAAACCCGCCGCCCUUGAGAGCCGCACCAUCUCUCCCUCCGGUUCCCAUUGCCCCCGAAGAACCUGCCCUCUUCGACCCCACUCUCUACCCCGACAAGGAUACACGCAAACUCGCGGAAAAGGAACAUUCUCGCCAAGUCAAAGCUUAUAAGCAAGCAGUCAGAGAUCGCGACAAGGGGAUCGCUGAUAGACGGAAGCUCGUCGAGAAAAAGGAAAAGAAUGCAGCUAAGGAGAGAGAGAAGGUUGAGAAAGCAGAAGAAAAGGACAGGAUCAAAGCCGAGCAGCGUGGGAUGGAGAAAGGAGAGCGGGAGAGAGCAAAAGUUGAAAGGGAAGAGCAAAUGAAGAGCGAAAAGGAACGAUUGAAGGCCGAAAAGCAAAGAGCUAAGGUGGAGAGCGAUAAGCUCAGGAAUGCUUCUUUGCGCGAGACAAAAUCGAUGGCCGAUUCCGAUGCAGACGGUGCUGAUGCUGAUACUGAGCCCAAAGAACAGAAAGCAAAGCGAGACAAGAAAUUCUGCAUGCUACCGUCGAAGGAGAAUGGGCAGAUUGAUCCUUGCUGGGUAAGGGUCUUUAUGCCAGGCGUUGAUGAGGUGGGAGCUCAUUGCGGGCUCUUCUUGGUGGAUGGGGAGAGGUACCAGUGGUUCGUGAAUGAUGUAGCGGAGAGGAUUAAGGAGUGGGUCAAGGAGGGAGCGAGAGGUUGA